UCAUCCACCACAGUCAAACACAACACAUAUGUUCUUGUUUCUAUAUCAUUCUUUGACGGUACAAACAGAGAGCAGGUAGUUUGUGAGUUACAAACCCAUCAUGUUUAUUGCAGAUAUACGCGUUUGAGGUUUGAGUCAGUCACUGUUAAGUUCGCUCACACACGCUCAUUUCUCUGACGUUUUGCCUAGCACGCUCACACAGUCUCUGUUGGCGUGAUCAGAAAGGCUGCUCGAUACACAACCAAAGCAGCAGCAGCAGCAGAAGACACAAAAUUGCAUCGCAGUACUGUCCUGAGGAUAGAACCCUACGGCCGCUACCAUGCCACUAUUUGGUAAAUCUCACAAGAACCCCACAGAUAUUGUGAAAACACUGAAGGACAACCUGUCCAUCCUGGUGAAGCAGGACAAGAAGACCGAUAAGGCUUCAGAAGAGGUGUCAAAAUGUCUGGUGGCAAUGAAGGAAAUCCUGUACGGCACAAACGAUAAAGAGCCGCAUACAGAGACGGUGGCCCAGCUGGCACAAGAGCUCUACAACAGCGGACUCCUCAUCUCACUGGUGGAAAACCUGCAGGUCAUUGAUUUUGAGGGUAAGAAAGAUGUAUGUCAGAUCUUCAACAACAUCCUGCGCAGGCAGAUUGGGACCCGCAGCCCAACAGUGGAAUAUUUCUGCUCUCAUCAGGAAGUCCUCUUUAUCUUACUCAAAGGGUAUGAAACUCCUCAGGUGGCAUUGAAUUGUGGGAUUAUGCUGCGCGAGUGUAUCCGGCACGAACCUCUCGGCAAAAUCGUCCUCCACUCAGAACACUUCAAAGAUUUCUUCGGCUAUGUGGAGAUGUCCACAUUCGAUAUCGCCUCCGAUGCUUUCGCCACCUUUAAAGACCUGCUCACGAGACACAAGGUUCUGGUGUCUGAAUUUUUAGAACAGAAUUACGAUGAGGUGUUUGAUAACUAUGAGAAACUCCUUCACUCUGAGAACUACGUGACCAAGAGGCAGUCAUUGAAGCUGUUGGGCGAGCUGCUUCUGGACAGACACAACUUCACAGUCAUGACACGGUACAUCAGCAAACCAGAUAACCUGAAGCUCAUGAUGAACCUGCUGAGAGACAAGAGUCCCAACAUUCAGUUUGAGGCUUUCCAUGUCUUUAAGGUGUUUGUGGCCAAUCCAAAUAAAACCCAGCCCAUCGUAGACAUUCUUUUGAAGAACCAGACAAAACUCAUCGACUUCCUUAGCAACUUUCAGAAGGAUCGCACUGACGAUGAGCAGUUUAACGAUGAAAAGACAUACCUCGUCAAACAAAUACGAGACCUAAAGAAGCCAGCUUCCUAAACUUUAGCUAUUGCAGUAUUAGAAAAUAAAGCAAAAAAAUAUAAAAAAAUCACAAAAAAUAUUAACAAUAAUAAUUCUAUUUAAAAUCUUGAAAAAUUGUCUUAGUUACGAGGCUUACAGAAGAUGGUUUCUAAUUCAUUGAUGUUCUCUUUUCUGAUUUACUUUUUCAUGUUUUAUUAUUAUUGUCAAAUCUUGUGCCAUGAAUAGAAUGUUUUAAAAGUUAGCAUCAGCCAUUUUUGAUUACAGGAUGAACUACCUAAUAACAUCAAAAAACAGGAAGUACGGAUUGAUUUCUGAUGUUUUGCUAUGCUAGUGGAAGAGGUUCAGUUAUAUGGAAAUUGCUGGAAGAGAGGUGAAUUUCACCAUUUAUUUAUAAGCUGUUGAUUUUUCUAACUGCACUAAUAUUCAUACUUGCAUUCCUUCAUUGCUUUCAUCAUUCUCAGGCAUCAAUACGGCUUACAUUCACUUUUAUUUCAUUACCCUGUUCUUUAUUUAAAACACUACAAACCUGAUCAUUUCUUCCCUGUUCUCUUUAUUCUGAUUUGUUUUUUUAUAAGAAUGAUUUGAAAGGAAGAUUUCAUUUAUCAGUAUUUUAAUUAUUGUGCUUCAGAAAAGUCUUCUUGUACAUUUUGAGUUGGUGCCAGGCCAUUUUUUAUUGCAUGAAGCAAGCUUCAUUAUUUUAUAUACUUUUAUUGGAUGAUGUUUACCCAUGUAUAAGAAAGAAAAAAAGUUGAUUUUUAAGGUGGUUGCCAUUUUAGAAGAAUCUAGUCAAAUCAACUUUAACACAGUUUAGGAUCUUUUUUUUUUUUUUUUUUUUUUAAGCAAACUGGUGUAUAUUCCAACUUGUAGAUUUCAUAUAGGUCUAUAAAAUGUCUAUACUGUAGUACUUUGUUAUUACUAUGGUGUGCUCAAUACUAUAGUAUACUUAGUGCUAUAGUAUGUUUUACUUUAGUACCUCAGUAAUAAAGUACUUUUCAUACUGUAGUACAAUAUACAUUUCUAUACUAUAGUAUUCCUGUUACUGUAGUAACUAGUAUUUUGUGCUAUAACCCAUAAUGAUUUUGACAGACAACAGAAGUAGAUUGUUGCAUAGCUGAAACAAGAUUAAAUGAGGACGCAGAUGUACAAACAGGUGCCUUUUUUUCUUGAGUUGUUCAUUUACUCUUGAUCUUUUUCUUUUAGAAGAAAUAUUGGAAGGGGGAGCUUAAUGUCUUAUUAUUUUUAAUAUGUUCUCAUUGAGCAUAUUUAGCUUGAUUAAGCAAUGAACCUCUAACUCGCUAUAUUUGAGUUAUGCUGUUGAAGAAAAUGCAUUAAAUUUAAUUCCUUUACCAUUGAUUCAAUUGAUUGUCUUUUGAUUCGUUUUAUGGGUUGAAAUAUGCUUUGGUGGUGUUGACCCAUUGACUCAUUCAACAAG